AUGACUGCUGUGACUCCUAUGGAGAUCCGUGUCUUCUCCGACUUGGUGAAUAAGGCUAGAGUAGUGGAGGAGUAUGCCAAGACCGUGGCGGCAUCUAAGGACACUCAUGGAGGGAGCUUUAGUCGGGGGCGUGGCAAGUACUUUCAUCCGAGAGGACAAAGCUUCAAGAGAGGAGGAUAUGCGCCUCAAGGCCAAGGGGGCUUCAGAAAGAACAAUGAGAAUCAGUUUCAGUAUGCUAAGGGAAUAGGAAAUCAGAGUAAGGAUUCUCCGGAUUUAGCUUGUAAUCGUUGUGGACGUUUUCACCCUUAUGACUCAUGCAAGGUUGGUUUAGGUGGUUGCUUCAAGUGUGGGAUGCCUAGCCACAUUGCAAGGGAUUGCCCUCAUGGGAGGAAUCAGAAUGCGGGCCAGAGUCAGCAUCAAGGUCGAGUCUUUGCUGUGAAUUCCAAGGAUGCUUACAAGGCGGAUCCAUUGAUGAGAGGCAUAUGUCUAAUUGGUGAUAAGUCCUUAGUUACAUUAUAUGAUACUGGAGCUUUGCAUUCGUUUAUUUCGUUUGAUAAAGUUGAGGAAUUAGGUUUGAAAGUGUCAGAGUUGCCUUUUGAUCUGCAUGUACAUACUCCGCAUCAGACAGUUAUGACUUGA